CCACUAAUUGAAUGGAAACUAAAAAAUGUGGUUGUUCUAUAGUUAUAAUAACCAGAAACCAUCGUGGCAGCUGAUUGUAAAACUACUUGCAAACGUUUCAUUCGAUGAGGUUUUCCAUUUGACUGUCAUUCCUCGAGAAUCCCCACUGAUACAAACCUGCAAACUCAACUUUCAAAACUGUUUUAAAAAAGAUCAGAUCCAAAGCCCGAGCUGCAGCUACUGGCUGGUGCUGGAAACAUUCUUAGUGCCUGCUCUAACAUGUGGGCGCACUCGCAGUGUCGGUUGUCAGCUGUCCAGUUGUGCGCUCUCGCUGGAGAGGCUUUUUGUUGGGAAGUUUCUGUAAGUGAGUCAACACGGCACAGGGAGGACGCCACCCAGCCCCGCCGCUGGAUCCUCCGCUGGGCUUCUCUCUGCUUCCUCCCAGGACACGAAAGAACAACUUGACUCCACAACAGAGGAUUGAGGUUUUUGAUCUUCACACACCGGGGAUGGUUAUCGUCGUUUUUACGCGGCUUUUUCCUCUUUGGAAUUAACGCAGCGGAGGAGAAAUGAAAGUGACGGUGUGCUUCGGGAGGACCCGGGUGGUCGUUCCGUGUGGAGAUGGGAAUAUGAAAGUCCACAGUCUUAUCGAACAGGCGGCCAUGAGGUAUAAAAAGGCCAUAGCGAAGGACCCCAGCUAUUGGGUUCAGGUCCACAGGUUGGAACAUGGAGAUGGAGGCAUUUUGGACCUGGACGAUAUGCUGUGUGAUGUGGUGGAUGACAAAGAUAGGCUGGUCGCCGUAUAUGAAGAGCAGGAUCCACACAAUGGAGGUGAUGGUACAAGUGCCAGCUCCACAGGCACACAGAGUCCAGAACCUUUUGCCAGUGACAUGAGUUCAGCAUCGGCUUUCCAGCCCUAUCAAGCCAACAGUGAGAUCGAGGUUACUCCGUCUGCUCUGCGAUCCAGCAUGUCUCUCAACGUCCGUCGCAGCAGUGAUCCCUCUCUGGCUGGCCUUCCUCUAAGCGAAGUCCCAGUUGGUCCUGAGGAACCGUCCAGAAAGAACCCAGCUCGCUGGUCCACAACUGCUGGUUUUCAGAAGUACAGCCAUAAGCCAAGCACAAGUGGAGGCACAGGCAGCCUAGAACGAAAGGGGAGAGGGGCCCAUGCCUACCGGAGUCUUCCUCGUGAUACGAGUGGCUGGACCACUCAGUUCCAAAGAGAGAUGACUAGAUCCUCUUUGAGUGCCAACCAUCCAAUGGUGGACAGAUGGCUAGACCGACAGGAACAGGAGGAGGAGGAAGAAGAGCAAAGGAAACAAGAAAGGAGAAUUGAACGGAUAGAGCCAGUUGGGAGGGCCGACUCCUCAGUGGAACAUUCACCCGUUCUACAUCUAGAAGGCAUGCUCAAGCCGGUUGAGGUGUCCAAUGAAGGAGGGCCCCUGGGGAUCCACGUAGUGCCUUUCAGUGCGCAGGACAUCAGGACUCAGGGCUUGCUGGUGAAGCGUUUGGAGCGUGGGGGCAAAGCCGAGCAGGAGCGUCUCUUCCAGGAGAACGACUGCAUAGUCAGAAUUAAUCAGGGAGACAUACGCAACCUGCGCUUUGAACAAGCUCAGAACAUUUUCAGGCAGGCGAUGCGUUCCUCAGUCAUCCUCUUCCAUGUGGUCCCUGCAGCCCUGAAAAGGCAAUACGAGGUGCUGUCUGUGCGGAAUGAGAUCAGCAGUCCACCCCAGUCCAACAGGGUCCGCUUCAGCCAAGACUCCCAGCAGUCAGGGGACAGGUCGAGUCUGGUGGGGGGAGCGAUGUCCAGAUCUGGACCACAAUCCAGCUUCAACCACAACCACCAGGGUCCUCUGUCAGGAAGCACCCCAGAACCAAGUCGACGCUUUGGCACUUUACCUCACAACUUGGUCUCCAGGACCUCGUCAGCCCCGUCCCCUUCCCUGCAGCGCAGGAUAAGCACAAACGUGUCCACCAGCUCCUACCUGAAGAACAAAGGCCGCAGGUUCAACAUCCAGCUGAAGAAAGGUCCAGAGGGCCUUGGAUUCAGCAUCACAUCCAGAGAUGUCCCAGUUGGCGGUAGCGCUCCCAUUUAUGUCAAAAACAUCCUUCCUCGAGGGGCUGCAAUCCAAGAUGGAAGACUGAAAGCUGGAGACCGGCUGCUGGAGGUGAGUGGAGUGGACCUGAAUGGUAAGAGCCAGGAAGAGGUGGUGGCCCUCCUACGAGCCACACCCAUGGGUGGAGCUGUGAACCUACUGGUGAUCCGUCAAGAAGACUCCCUGCUGCCCCGAGAAGUGCCAGAGGAAGAUGACAUUGUGUUAACCCCUGAUGGUAAACAGGAGUUCAUGACCUUUGAGAUCCCCCUGAAUGACUCAGGCUCAGCAGGCUUGGGGGUCAGUGUCAAAGGUAACCGGUCCAAGGAGAACCAUGCAGACUUAGGCAUCUUCGUAAAAUCCAUUAUCAAUGGAGGUGCUGCUAGCAAGGAUGGGCGUCUACGUGUCAAUGACCAACUCAUUGCAGUCAAUGGGGAGUCGUUGCUUGGGAUGACCAACCAAGAUGCCAUGGAAACGCUGCGCAAAUCCAUGUCGGUAGAGGGCAACAAGCGAGGCAUGAUCCAGCUCAUCGUGGCUCGGCAGGUGGCCAAAAACAAUGAGGAAGCCCUUGGCAGCCCUCCGUUGGAGCAUCCUGUUAACUCACUUGUUGACAGCAAUGAACGCCGGAUCUCCCAUUCUCUUUAUGAAACCACUGAGAGCUUGGACAACAUUUCCACACCACGAGCUAAUGCCAUUGGACGGAUUGGUAACUACCAGUUCUCUCCCACUGUGAACAUGCCGCAAGAUGACAUCGUGAUGAUUGAAGAUGAUAGGCCACCCCUGCUUCCUGCCCAUCUUUCUGACCAAUCAUCUUCCAGUUCCCACGAUGACAUGGGCUUCGUGGGAGAAAAUCCUGUCCCCUGGAUCCACGAACUGCCCGGUCAGAAUGAAUGCUCACUAAGUCCGGAUGCGGACGCUGACGGUGCAUUCCAGAGGGAGGGCUUCGGACGCCAGAGCAUGUCAGAAAAACGCACCAAGCAGUAUGAAAAUGCUGCUCAGCUGGAAAUCAUCAAAACCCGCAAGUCCAAGAGCAUGGAUCUAGGUUCUUCAGAACAAGAGGUUGGACGCUCGCUGGGUCUGAAAAAGUCCAGCUCUCUUGAAAGCCUGCAGACAGCUGUUGCCGAGGCUACGCUGAAUGGUGAGAUCAACGUCAACAGGCCGCGCUCACGGAUCAUCAGGGGUCGCGGCUGCAAUGAGAGUUUCCGAGCUGCAAUCGACAAAUCAUAUGAGAAACCCAGUGUCACCGCAGGAGAAGAAGAGAACAGCAUGGAGACAUUGGACGAGGACACAGAGGGAAGCUCCCGGUCAGGUCGCGAGUCGAUGUCCACCAGCGGUGACCUCAUUGUGGGCUCCGGGCUAAACGGCAACCUCUCUAAAGAUGACAGACGGAAAGAUAGGGACAAGGUUGGGGGGAAGGAGAAGAAGAAAUCGGAAAGGGAGAAAGACAAAGAUAAGGACAAGAACAAAGCCAAGAAAGGUGUGCUGAAGGGUCUGGGCGACAUGUUCAGGUUUGGAAAGCACCGGAAGGAUGAAGACAGGAUGGAGAGGAAGAGUUCCAGUAAAUCUAAAGCUGAGGACAUGCAGGCGUCAGAAGAGGAGACCUUGCGGAUGAGGCUGGAACAGGAGAGAAUACAGGCCAAGACACGAGAACUUCGGGAGAAGCAGGCAAAGGAGAGAGAGUACGCCGAGAUCCAAGAUGUUGUCAGCCGCACCUUCAGCUCAGAUGAGGACCACACGUACGCUGGCAUUGGAUCUUUAGACUCGUCGGUAGAUAGCAGCAGCAUAGACCCUUACAGCCACCCCUACCACCUCCCUCAGAGUCCUCAGAGCCCUCACCCUCCACUGAGCCUUCCAGACAACGGUCCGCCCCUGGAGGCGCUGUACGCCCAGGUCAACAAGCCACGCAAUGGACGCCCUGCAGCUUCAGACAGCAGUCAGAUGGCUCCCAGUAACCACGACCGGAUACAGAGGCUGAGGCACGAGUUCCAGCAGGCCAAGCAGGAGGACGACCUUGAGGACCAUCAGCACACCUACAGCUUCGACCAGCCCUGGGAUGAAACAGGAAAUACUCUGACUAAAGAACAAAACGAAUCCCUCACAAGAACAAGCUAUGUUCUGGUGACCAAUGGGACAGAGGCUCAGAGUGGACGCCAUUCUGUAACAGUUGACACUCAGGUCCAGAAACAGCAGCAAGACGACAGAGAUGGUUUCCAACAAGCACCAAGACAGUACAACUCUCUGCCACGGCAACCUCGCAAGAACCCCAGCACGGUGUCCCAGGAGUCAUGGGACAAGGUGUACAUGCCAGCAGAGGGUUUCCAGACAUCCAAGGAGAACCCUCGCUACUCUGGGGGCCAGGGGUCACGUAAUGGCUACCUGGGAACGUCCAACUUUAACGCCCGGGUUCUCCUAGAGACCCAGGAGUUGCUGAGGCAGGAGCAGAGACGAAGAGAGCAGGAGGCCAACAAAGCCAGGCCGCCUCCAGCCCAGGAAACCCCGAGUGGCAGCAGCUAUGACCACAAUGGAGACCACAGUCAGGCCCCAGCUCAGGCCCCAGCUCAGGCCCCAGCUCAGGCCCCAGCUCAGGCCCUACCUCAGUCCAAGGGCCCCUACAGACAGGACGUACCUCCGUCACCUUCUCAACUCGCCAAGCUCAGCAGGCUUCAGGGUUCAGAGAAAGGAAGGCUGUUUUAUUCCUGAGACAGUGAAAAGGAAAAGGAAAAUGAAUGUCUGUGAGAGAUUAGGACUGAUCCGUACAAGUAUUUACAGGGGAAAAAUACAAAGAGGGCAACAAGUCAAGUUUUUUUUUAUAAAAUACUGAGGUACAAAGAUUUUUAUGGGACCGUUGUUAUAAAAUGUUAAUAUUUAAAAAGAAUUUAAUGAUAUGAUCCUUUAUAGCUGUAUCAAAAAGAAAUGAUUCUAGAUGUUUAUUUGUCCAGCAUUGUGAUCUUCUGUGUAUAUAAGUGCCUUUUAGUCCAUUGAUUGUUCACCUUUUGUAGGCACCGGCCCCAUUGUUUGACUCAUGAUGUGCAGCUUUAACCCAUCCACGUCAGUCAAGCAGCUCUACAUCUGACAGCAGUCUGACCUAAACAACAGAACUCCAAAUGCAAGACGUAUUUUUGUUUUUUCUUCUUUUAGGAUUUGUUGGUUGGCAACAGCUGAUUUUGCUUCUUCUGCUCUGUUUGCUACAGCCUUGUCUAACACAGCCUAUAAGACAGCCAAGCUAUUCAUGGAGACUUUACCAAGCAAUACACAAUAACCGUGUUUCCAUCGUGUAUUUUCAUGCACAUUUUUAAGUGCUGCAUUACAAAAAGUUCAUUGAAAACAGUAUUAUUUUAGAAGAAUCCCCAUUUUCACCGAAAAGUUUGUACACCAAUAUGCACAUAGUAAGUGACAGAGACUUUGCAAACAAACGGCAUAUGACCGAUCUGCUGUUUCUGGUUCUUCCAUUGUCUUUGUCUCCAGACAGCAUGAAACAUGACAAAUACCAGCUGGCAUGAAAGAAUGAUUCUAAGUUUCUGAAGCCUUUUCUACAAUGUUUUUCUCUCAAUGGCCAAAAUUCUAUUUAUCUCUUCCUCUUUGAUGUUUUUUAGUUGGUAAACAGCUGAUUGAGUUUCCGGCUUCUUCUACUUUGUUUGUUGCAGCCAUGUGCUGUGCUGUCCAUACUGCCUUCUGACAACACAAGUUUAUUUACUCCAAAGUGGUUAAUGGACACAAAUCAAAAUCUCAUUAUCAUUUUUUAUGUUUUUGCAACAUUUCAAAAGUGUGCUUCAUAUUUUCUCAUUAUAUGGAAACACAGCUACUGUCUGUGUUUUUGUAGCAUCCAGGUGCUGGCAUGAAAUUAGUGGUUAUCAUGCUCAUGUAAAUGAGGCUUUUUAUUAUGAGGCAGUUCAUGGUCUUCAUCAAGUAAUACGCUGUGUGUGCGUGCAUGCGUGCAUGUGUGUGUGUGUGAAUGUGAGAGUGCUGGCAGGAGAUGACAUGUGCUGACAGAGUGUGGAGGUUAAGAAGCUUGUGUGAACUGUAGCGUCAGAGCUUGGGUUUUGGGCAUGAGCGCCCAUCCCCCCAUGCUCAGGCAAAUGUCCCUUUUGGUUUCAGAUGCAGCAUUUACUCAGAGUGUAUCCUCUUUCCAUCCCCCUCUUGUAUUCAGUAUGAUAAUCCUGAAGUCUUUCUUCCUCUCUGCCGGCUGUUUUAUCUCACUUUUUUUCUCUACACAUUGUCGCCCUCACCAUACGGCACUCUCAGUGGAGGAAAACAGCUUUAGAUCUUCUUUAUUCCUACUCUGCUCCACCCAUCCGGGGAGCCCAGCGGUAUAAAUGGGGUCAGGUCUGGGUUAUUAAUUAAUGUGCCUCAUUAAAAAUAAAUGCGCCCCACUGUGUGUGUUUGUUGUCAUGUGUGACUAGGAAAGAGAAACAGUGACCUUGCCAUCACUUCUCUGGCCCCGGCAUCACCUAGAAUGAUUUGGCUGUAACAGAAGCCUGUUGGCCUUUAGGUGUCUGAGCUGUUCCUUACUGAAUAUUUCAUCAGUGGUUACAUGGGAAACCACAUCAGCUCUGCCAUGGACGGCCUCAGUGUGGGACUGCUUGUCCUUUGGCCACAUACAGUGGAGCUGAUUUUGUUUUCCUUCACAAUUAAGUCCAUUGAUAAAAAGCCACUCGGGAACUUUUUCACAGUUAAAUCAAUAAUUAGCUGUGUGUUUUUCAAAGUGUGAGUGUGUGUGUGUAUAUGUACACUCCUACUCAAAAGUUUGGGAUCACUUAGAUAACAUUAAAUGAAUUAUAAAUUCAGUCUAGACAUUGUUAAUGUGGUAAAUGACCAUUCUAGCUGGAAACGGCUGAUUUUUAAUGGAAUAUCUCCAUAGGGGUACAGAGGAACAUUUCCAGCAACCAUCACUCCUGUGUUCUAAUGCUACAUUGUGUUAGCUAAUGGUGUUGAAAGGCUCAUUGAUGAUUAGAAAACCCUUGUGCAGUUAUGUUAGCACAUGAAUAAAAGUGUGAGUUUUCAUGGAAAACAUGAAAUUGUUUGGGUGACCUCAAACGUUUGGAUGGUAGUGUACCUGUAUGUGACUAUGUUUGCAUGUGUUCUUGUAUGUAGACCAGUUAAUGUGAAUUUUUCCUGAAGGGCAAAGUUCACUCCUGUAUGUGCUCAGUAAACCAGGUUACUCUGAGAAAACAGGACACCCAGACAGUGGUGUAUAUCUGAAGAGGUUGAGAAUCAGAUUCCUCCUCUACCAUAACUUUAUCUUUUAUCGUUCGCAACUUACUGUUGUCAUGACACAAUAUGCUGCGUUAUGAUGAAUGUGUUAUACCGUCACUGGACAAGUGAUUUUAGCUUUACAGUACAUUUGCUCUACAUUAUUUAAUUUUAAAAUACAUCACUUCUGCUGUGUUUACAUCUAGUGUCCACAGUACUCUGGGCAUUCAGGAGCCCUAAAGUGGAAACUUUCUGAAAUGUUUCUGACCCUGUUUUAGUUUGACGACUCAGAGGUUACAUUUAGUCUAGACAGGAAGAGACGGAAUUUUUAGAAACAAUGAUAGAGACCCAUGUUCACUUUUUCUUUGUCUUCCUUCUGAAAACUGCUGUUCUUCCUUCAUCAUAUUUCCUACAACUAAUCAAACAACCUGCUGCUUUUUGCUGACACCAGCAUUUGCAUGACGGACGCAUGUGGUCAUGUGAGAUGAAUUUACAGGCAUGAAUAUGCGUAUAGAUUUCUAAAACAGCACUAAGAUGCACACCUAAAUAAACAGAAAUCAUUUUCAAACAAUAUGUAUUAGUGUGGGCUGCACAGUGGUUUUGUGGUUAGCACCGUCGCAUUGCAGCUAGAAGAUCCCUGGUUUGUAUCCCAAUCUGAGAGCUUUCUGCAUGGAGUUUCCCUGUUCUCUGUGUGCAUGCGUGGGUUCUCACAGGUUCUCCGGCUUCCUCCCACAGUCCAAAAACAUGCUGAGGUUAACUGGCUAACUAAAUUGUCUGUAGGUGUGAAUGUGAGUGUGAUUGUUUGUCUCUAUAUGUAGCCCUGUGAUAAACUAGUGACCUGUCCAGGUGUCCCCUGCCUUCAUCCUGAGUCAGCUGGGAUAGACUCCAGCCCCCCCACAACCCUAAUGAGGAUUAAGCGGUGUAUAGAGAAUGGGUGGAUGUAUAAGUGUCUAUGUGACUUCAGCCAAGAUGGGAGAGAAUUAUUCUGAACAUGCAGCAUAUGAUGAUUUUGAAACAUAUAUUUUAUAACUACUGAACUUCAUUCUUAUUUUUGUAAGACCUAAAUGUAUUUUUUCCCAAAACUUUAAGACCGUGAUGUAGUAGAAAAAGUUUCCAGUUUACCCCUUUGGUGCGCUGUGUGGGUCAGGAGAUAACCAUUUUCCAUUGGAUUUGGGUCACUUUUGAUCCAUGUUGUGCAUAGAAGGGUUACAGGAGCCACACAGCAAUAGUACAGUAUUUUCACUCAUCAGAACAGGGUUUACAUUACAUGUGGGACCGUUAUUGUUAGACUUAGGUUUGGUUGAGUUGAAGUACUAGAACUACUUGGUUAGGUUUAGGAAAAUACAAUGGGUUGCAUUACAUGUUUGAAGCUCCUCCUCUGUUUGUAUUUUUGGGGAGAUUAGUCCUACCGCAUCUAAUGUGUGAUUGUUGAAAAUGAUUGACACUAAAACAAUAAAAUAAAUGACAAAGAUGUCAAUUUGAAACAUAUUUGUGAUAUUGCCACAAACAAACGUGACGUAGUUUAGCUGUACUGGAAUAUAGUGUUUGGGAAACAGGCCUGUAUUGGCGUCUGCUUUCAACAAGCAGGGAAGAACAUUGUCCCAUUUUUUAAUAUUCAAAUGAAUUUGUGCCUCUAAGCCUUACUUAUUUCCUGAGCUCUGGGUUUAGGGUUCCGACUAGAUUUAGGAUUAAGAGAAAGCUCAUGGCUAGUAUUUAUUCAUUGGUGACAGUAUAGUUUAGGAGGUUUGUGCUCCUCACAAGCAUAUAAAAAUGAAUGUAAGGGUAUGUAAAAUAGAGCACUAGUAUGCGUGUUUGUCUAGCAAUUUUCCAGCGUGUGUGUGUGUAGGUGGACAUGUGUUUAAGUGUCUGUAAGCGCUGCCAGUAACUGGAUGCUCCAAUAUGUCUAUGAAUAUGUCUUGGCAGCCAUAUGAACCACUUGGCUGUUGAGUGGGAGAGGAGCAGAGGAGUGGGAGGGAGAGAAGAUGGGAGGCCUGACCUUGCAGAUGAUUCAGUCAAUGGAGUAAUCACAACUAUUCCUCUGAGUCUGCAGUACAAACAAGAGGUUACCAGCCAGGCAGCGCUCACUUUUGCUGUCUCUUCUUCUUAUUCUCUACAUUUAUCUGCUUCGUCUGUCUGUCAGUUGUACACAUUUGUUGUUGUUGUUUUUUUUUCUGGGGCAGAAUUACUGCGUCUGCUUUGGAUAGAUGAAAGUAGCAGCAGCUGAGUGUUUGUGUGAGGGGGCUCAGCUCUGACACAGCAGCUGUUUUAACUGGUGUGUCUCAUCAUGAACUGGGGAGGUGCCUGCAAUAUCUAACGAGUCUUUUUUUUCCCCCUCCUCAUAUGCAAAUUUGAUAAUAUCCCGUAAUGCACAUUUAUUAUUUGUGUUGUGUAAUUAAUGUUUGUGCACCGCCUCUGUGACAUAUGGAUUUUUCCCAUAAAGCUAUUGUUUCGGGGGAUGUUUUUAAGUCCUGGGAGAAAUGAGAAAUAUAUUGUUAGCGUUUUAUUGUGUUUUAAUGGCCAUCCUUCAUUGUGUUUUAUUAUCCACAAUAUGGUACUGUGCUGGUAAAAAAUGACCAAUAUGUAAGCACCGUGCAAUUUUCCUUUUUCCAACAGUGUAUCAUUAAGAUAUGUUUCUGCUGUUGUUUGUACAUACAAUAUAAACUUUUUUCAAUGAAUAAAUUGAGGGUAGUUUCAA